AGCAAAAUGACUCAACGAUUUAUGACACACGUUUCCAUCGCAAGAUUCAACUUCGAACUCUGUGCAGACCUCUACAAUCAAAUCUUCGAGAUUGGAUGGAAGGGAAGCGGACGAAGCUGGGGCCAAUUGCCCACCUGGUGGCAGCAUUUCCAACCUACAGAUGCAGAAGCCUCGCGCUACCACCCAUGGAUGAUCGAAUUCCUGAAACGUGUCUACUAUCGCCCCGACUCCCCGCCGUUCUUCUAUUACGUUGGUAAUCUGUCAUCGGGGGAGUACCUCGUGGACGAGCAUGUCAAUGGUCUAGCGGAUGCACAUGACUGCUUUCUAUAUUUGCAUCACUCGACGGGUUGGAUGUGCGGCGAUGAAUAUGGGAUUCUCUUUGAUCAGGUCGCAUGCAAAGCCACGUUUGUGGCCCAUUGUGAAGAUAACCUCGACCGAAUCAACACGGGUUACGGCUGGAAGCCGCUGGAGGAUAUCUACGGUGCAUAUCUGGCGAUGAUCACGUCCCGCAAAGUGGAAGUCCAGCAAUGGCCCAGCGGUCGAUGGGAGUGGGAGACCGACACCAACCAACUCUGCCACUCCCCUAUCGAGACAAUAGGACCAUGGCGGUUCCAUACGUACACUCCAACGGAUAUCCAGCUGGCUGUCGCGGCCCUGCAAGAACUCCUGGAUGCGAUCGAGGCUCGCUUGCCGCCGUCAGCCACCAGCACUGCUGAUGUCACUGCCACUGCUGGCACGAGUGGUAGUAGUACUCUGACAAUGCUCCCCUGGGCAGACCCGAGCGUCCGCGAGGAGGCCCGCAUCCUCCCGAACAGCUUCGCCGGGGCGUUCUGCGACGCCACCGCGACCACCUGCACGACCGCCACCCAUCGAGCCUUCCGGUACUUGGCCCCGGGGAUCCGCCUGCCCACGAUCGCAGAGUUCCGCGCUCAGCCAUUCCGAGACUAUGAGUAUGUACCCUGGUACCUGCGUGAACUGCCCCGUCUCAGACCGAUUCGUCCCACGCUGUUGCUUGUCGCGGACCCCGAAGAUCCAUCAUCAUUAUCAUCCCCACCAAUGGUCGUCCCCGACCCCGGCAUCGAUCUCAAUGACUUUCUGACCUCACGGAGGCGAGUCAGUCUCCCGGUCCCCGCGCGACCGGCGGGGCUUUAUUUAAGCGGUGAUGACCGCGACAACCGCUCCUGGGAGUCGGGGUGCCAUCUGCUCCUGCCUUUCAGCAUUGGGGAGCAGGGCUGGGUGCGCCGCAGCGACGGCACGAUCAUGGGGAGGGAUUACGCGGACGAUCUCGGCCCGAGGCCAGGCAAGACCAACUCGGAACUGUAUCAGUGCGUCGAGAAUGGAUGUGCUCCCCACCGCCAUGUUUCCAUUCACCAGGUGCUGCGGAAUUGGGCGGAGCGGGUGCGGGAGGGGGACUGGGACGUGGAUGAGGACGGGGUGUCGGGGGGGAUUGGGAAGUGGAGGGAGGCGGAUACGGAGGAGAUGUGGGAGAAGUACCGCGUGCCGUUGGAGAUCUAG